UCCGCAAAAUUCAGAUUACUCCUCCAGUCGCAGAGUCCUUCCGAUCCAGAAGUAAGAUGUGCAGUCCUUGCUGUAAAACUCCGGCGGAAUGUGCAGGCUGUUCGCCCAUGUGCUGCAGUCCGGGUAUUAGCUACUGCAUUUUCGACCUGGAGAGUGCAGUCUUCGAUACCCGGCACAUCUACCGGAAGGCUCUGAAGGACCUGGUUCGUUGUUACGACAAGAGGAUACCAGACAUUUUACAUGUCCAAAGUGGGGCUAUGACCGUAUCAGAGAUGUCUGAGCUGUUUUGCCGCAAGCUGGAUAUUCCCAUGAGUUGGGAGUCGUUUCGGCGCGAUCUUAACGAGCGGACGGCCCAGUUGAUUGCGAAUCCACCCUUUAUGGAUGGCGUAGAGCGACUGGUGACGCACUUCCGCAGCUGCUGCAUGGAAUUGGGCCUGGUCACCUCCUGUUCGGAGGCCAACUACUGCUCCAAGAUCCGUGGUCGCGAGGAGUUCUUCGAGAACUUCUCCACCGUCGUCUGUGCCGAUGAUCCCGAGUUGAGGGCUCUAAAACCGGAACCUGAUGUCUACCUGAUUGCCAUGUCGCGACUCGGAGAUGCUGGACCCGAUUGCACCCUGGUUUUCGAUGGCACCACCAAGGGAGUUCAGGCCGCCAGCGAUGCUCGACUGCCCGUCGUCAUGUUGGCCGAAAAGGAACUCCCCUGCUGUUGGUCCGAAUUGGCCGCCCUGCGCUUCGAGUACCUGGAUGAUUUCGAGCCGGAGAUGUUCAAUAUGCCGCCUUUUAAGGAUCCCGAACCCAAAAGGCGAUCGAGUCGUCGUCGCACCAGAUACAGUCGGCGCUUGACCGUAAUUCGCAGGAGAGCAGAAGCCGCUGCUGAAGAGGAGGAGGAGGAGGCAGAAGAGGAAGAGGAACCACCGGAAGAACCUGUAGUGCCAAUCGGAGAACCAUCUAUUUUAAAUUUAAGAGAAUAAGCACUUCAUUUGUGCGCAGAUCACUGAAAGCAUUUAAAAUUCUCAUGUAAUAAAUAUGAUAUUAAGUAGUAAAU